UGAUCCUCGAGUCAGCACACCUACUUCAAAGUACAAUUUCUUCGGCCAAAAGCCUCUCCCAGUCGAAGACUACUAAUAGAAAACCUUGUUUCUUCACGCAAGAUGCCUUACAAAUCGGAGUGGACUAUCGACAUCCCAGAUACACAUCUGGCGUCUCUGAUGUUCACCUCUCCCACUCACCCCCUGUCAGACUCAGCGAGACUUCUAGUUGAUACCGAGAAGCCAGACACUCACUUCUUCACCCCGGCCUCGUUUCGCCUCAUGUGCCAGCGCCUUGCUCUCGGCCUGCAGCAAAAUGGAAUCAAACCAGGCGAUAGGGUCCUUUAUGCCUCUGGAAACACUCCCCUCUAUCCAGUCAUAUUCGUGGGAAUCAUCAUGGCCGGAGGUGUGUUUACUGGGGCCAACCCAACCUAUGUCCCGCGCGAACUCGCAUAUCAACUCCAGGAUUCUGAGCCGACAAUCUUUCUUUGCUCGAAGCAAAUCCUCACCAACGGCCUCGAAGCAGCCAAAAUUGCAGGACUGGUCCCAAACCAGAUCUACGUCGUCGACGAACUCCUGAACGGAGAAACGCAAGAGGAAACCGGCUGCCGCUGGUGGGGUGAACUCCUCGCCUCAGAGGACACGGCACGCCACUUCGCAUGGAAUCCUCUUUCCGCUCCAGGAGAGGCUGCAAAUACGCUUCUCGCCCUGAACUACUCCAGCGGUACAACCGGUCUACCCAAGGGUGUGGAAAUAACGCAUCGAAACUAUGUUGCCAACAUCCUCCAGGGGAUCCAUAACUACAAGCUCGGUGAAGAGAUGGCUGAGCGAUGCAUCAUAUACCUACCGAUGUACCAUUCCUUGUCGCAGAGACGAAUCAUCACGAGUUUGAUUCAAGGAUCUGAAGUGUAUAUCAUGCCGAAGUACGAGCUCAAGUCUCUUUUGGAGAAUAUCCAACGGUUCAGAAUCACUAUGCUGGUGAUGGUGCCCCCUGUUGCUGUGUCGCUGGCUAAGAGCCCUAUUGUCAAGAAUUAUGAUCUAAGCAGUGUCAGAAUAGCUGGGUCGGGUGCAGCCCCGCUCACGAAGGAGAUAUGUGAGACGAUCGAGGAGAUGUUGAACAACCAAGUUGCUAUCAAACAGGGCUGGGGAAUGACAGAAUUGACUUGUUCUUUUCUCUUCUGGAUUCCUGGAAAACAUUAUCCACGAUCGUCCGUUGGAGAGCCCCUAGCCAACUGCGAGGCCAAAAUCAUGAACGAGGACGGGACGGCUGAGCUGGGCACAAACGAGCGGGGUGAACUGUGGGCACGGGGUCCCAAUGUCAUGCGCGGUUACUGGAAGAACCCCCAGGCCACUGCAGACACAAUUAACCCGGAUGGAUGGUUGAAGUCUGGUGAUGUCGCCUACGUCGACGAAGAGGGUCGCUUUUUCAUCGUGGAUAGACUCAAGGAAUUGAUCAAAGUAAAAGGUGUUCAAGUAGCGCCUGCAGAAUUGGAGGGUCAACUGCUGCACCAUCCCGCUGUUGCUGAUGCCGCAGUCACAGGACUCAAGAUCAUUGACGGGGAGUAUCCUCGAGCGUAUGUCGUUUUGAAACCUGGACAUCACGCCACCGAUAAAGAGAUAAUGGACUUUAUCAAGGAAAGGGUGGCUCCCGUCAAGCAGCUUACCGGUGGGGUCGUGUUUUUGGAUGCGAUUCCUAAGAACGCUUCAGGGAAGAUCUUGAGGAAUGUACUGAAGGAGAUGGCCCAAAGAGAGGCUAAAACAUUGUCGGGUGCAUCUAAAUUGUGAUAUGACAGCAAGAUGCGUACAUGCGAAUAUCCAGAUUGAGUUUGGGAAAUUUGGGAAAACAAUUGGGGCUAAAUGGAAAUGCAAGAAAGUAAGGGAACAAACAGAAGAGGCUAUGAAGGAAGAAUGAGAAACAUCUAUGUAACCAAAC